CCUAGAGACACGUUGUUAUUGUCGUGCAUGUUUAGAGUGUAUUUUCAGGAACCAAACGAGGAAUUCUACUCAAACAGCGAUGAUUGUCUCGUCUAUAAUCCAGCUGUAAAAGUGAACCAAUUUGCGAUCAGCCUUAAACCCGUCUUCGAGUGAUUAUUAGAUAUUAUUGAACAUUAUUAAAAAAGAAGCUUGGCUAACAUAAACACGCUAAUCGACUAAUUAUCCAGCUAGCCAAAGUCAUAAUACCGUCAAGUUACUGUAUCUUUUAGGAAAGAGUCGUGACUAUUUGAUGUAAUGCUAUAUAACUAUAUUAUAUUAAUAUGGUUCGAACGCGUUUGAUGGAGUAAAGCUGUUUCAGCUGUCUGGUCAGCUGUCUAUAUAAUCCCACUGCAGUAAGAGGCUCAGUGUUAAACUCUUAUAGUCUUUAGUCUUAUAAUGGACGCAGGAGGCAUUUCUGAUCUGGAUCUGGAGAAAUAUGACGCUGACGAGCAGGUUAAAAUCAUCUGUCUUGGAGACAGCGCUGUGGGGAAAUCCAAGCUGAUGGAGAGAUUCCUUAUGGAUGGAUACCGGCCUCAGCAGCUGUCCACCUAUGCUCUGACUCUGUACAAAUACACCACCACAAUCAACGGGAAAACUAUCCUGGUUGAUUUCUGGGAUACUGCAGGACAGGAACGCUUUCGAAGCAUGCAUCCCUCAUACUACCAUAAAGCUCAUGCCUGUGUUAUGGUGUUUGAUGUACAGAGAAAAAUCACUUAUAAGAACCUCCCAAAUUGGUACAAAGAACUGCGAGAGUACAGACCAGAGAUCCCAUGUCUGGUGGUCGCCAACAAGAUAGAUGCUGACUUGAAGGUUACCCAAAAGAGUUUCAAUUUUGCUAAGAAACAAGGCCUGCCCUUCUACUUUGUAUCUGCUGCUGAUGGGACCAAUGUGGUGAAGGUUUUUAAAGAUGCCAUUCAGAUGGCUCUGUCCUACAAGAUGAAUUCCAACGACUUUAUGGAUGAAGUUAUGCGAGAGCUGGAGAACUUCGAUUUAGAAAACAAAGAAGAAUCAUCAGAUAAAGACGAAGAGACACAAGAAGGAAAAAACAACUCGGCAUGACCGAAAGCACUCUUUCUCUACGCUGCUUCUGGAGUUGUACUGAUGUUGUUCCUCAAAUCAUGGCUGUCCUCUCUCUAUCCUGAGCAGCUACAGAGGUUCUGGAAAAACUACCUCACGCCACUGCUAGUGUAUGUUCUUGAUCCUAAAAGAAGAAUAAAUUAUGAUUCUGUGAAUGUGAAAAUUUAUAUGAUAAUAGAAUCAGAAAAACAUUAAAGCAGAGACUCAUUUUGAAUGGUUGAUUCACACAAACCUGUCAAGGAAAUGUUCUGGUCCGAUUGUACUUUAAAAUCAAAAGAAACACAUUUUUAAUUUUAAAUUUUUUUUGCAAAUAGAAAAUGUAGCCUAUUUUUAGGUCCAUGAAGAUUUUUUUACAUUGUGGCAUUAUAUUCAUGACAGGUCAGCAAUGCAAAAAAUUUGAUUUAUUAUUAUUAGAAUUGUAAGUAUUUAUUAAUUAUAGUAGUAAUCUCUUGGUACUACCUUUAAUUUAGCUGAUUUUACAGUAAUUGUACUGCGUCUUUAAGAGUAAUACAGUAAAUUACUCUGUUUAGAAGGAGAAUCAUCAUUGAAAACAAUGGGAAUAAUAAAAGUAAAACAUCCAGAUGUGUUACAGUAAUGACAACAGGGAGGUUAAAUGUGCUUAAGUGCCCUGAAACUAUUAUUACAAUGCAAUAAAGAUCUUCAUAAUGGUCCUAAAUGUAGCCUUCAUUUUACUUUAUGCAAAAUAUAAUUUCAUAUGUAGUUUUUUGUAUUAAUUCAGGCUUAAAUAUGACCGGGACAUUUUCUUGAGAAUUACAUGAACCCUUUAAGCUCGGAUGGGCCUGGGAUAAAAAACAUUUGUCAAAAUAUUAAUAACUACACUCUUGACCAACACAAAAUAGGUAUUGUUUGGUAAAAACUCUACUUUCCAAAGCUUGCAGGCAUUAUGACCAGUCAUAUCACAUACCAUUACUCAGAGGAGGUUAUUACCUCUCAUAUUAGCCCACACACAAGAUAAUCAGAUGCACAGAUCAUUAGACAAUCCACACAAAACACAAUGUUACAUAUAGCCACCAGGAGAUGGCGCCAAGUACAUGACACAGACUCGAUGAUUACUCAAAUGGCACAGAAUGAAACUCAUUCUGUGAAAUCUCAUGACUAAAAUCAUGUCUGCAUGCUAAGAAAAAAAACAAAAAAGAUGCUUAGAUUUUUCAGCAGUUUCUUAGGCUCAGAGUCUUAGAAUAUAUCAAUAAAAAAAAUUGAAACUUUUCUUUACAAUGAUACCAAACACUUGACCCUUGUUGUUUUUUUUUUUUUUUUUUUUUUCAAGCAUUUAAUUUUAGGUAUACCACUGAAAAAAGAAAUCUUUAAAACACCUUCAGAGCUUAAAGGGUUUAAUUUUUCUUUUUAAUUAAUAAAUAAUAAUAAUAAUAGUUUUUUUUUUCAGCUACAUGAAAUAUUUAUGAGCAGCUCAAAUUUAAAAUGAUGUUACAUUAAAAAAGGGAAUUUUGAGAAUAUUUAAAAAGGACUAAUAGUUUGAAACAAAUGGACACAGAUGGAGCUCACCAAUACGAAUAAAGAAUUUAAACCUUGUAUUAGGGUAGUUAAAUAUGACAUUUCAAGCAGCUCGUAUUGAGGGACUACAUAGAAGAUUUGUAGUUUUUUAGAAAUCUGUUUGUCAAAUUGCAGGACUAUUUCAUUACUGCACCUAUAAUAUACACUUGCCCAGGACUAGAGUAUUGCACAAACAUUGUUACCCUUAUCAUAGGACUCGAACGUUGUUUGUCCCUGUGCAGACACUUGCCCAAGUACCUUCUUAGGACUAGACAAGACGGCAGCCAUGAUGUAAACACACAGCGUGUAGUAUACAUAUGAAUGUGUGUUCGUCCAAACGAAAUCAGGGGCAAAGAAAAAGUUUCAGAGACUAUUUUGGAAGGUCCCUGGCCUUUAGUAUCUGUCAGGUUCCAGUUGUGAAUCACCAUUGACUUUUUGUCUUUUAAUAUAAAUGAGGAUGAAUGGCAGACUAGAGCAAAGAUUUAUACUGUGACUGAAGCAUCUCUGUGUUGUGCAGCUUACAGACUUAAACUGGCUCUCAUUGGACAUCUCAAAAAAGGUCAAAUCAACAUUAAGGCGUCUGUUUGGCGUAUCCAUUAUUCUAUGACACAUUUAGCAGACAGAGUUGAGCUUUUUCUAUUUGUCCAGUGAGACCUUGUGUCAUGGAGACCAGUAAUAUUCCUUUGAAGAUCUGUUAUGCAUAUCGCACAAACAGAGAUACAUUUUUUACUUUAGUAUGUAUUUUAUGUUUCGCACAAGUGCUUUAUAUAUCAAAAUACGUCCAUGUUGGUGAAUUGAAAUAGAUGUGGACUGCACAUGAAUGUAACGUGUGUGUCUGAACUGAAUACAAUCUGCUUUCUGUCAUUAGUAACAAAAACUUGCUCUUAUUUCUGAAGCUUCUGGUGUUUUCAUGCAACAUUAUGUACAAUGAAUAUUAAUGAAUAUGUUAAUCAUGAUUAUCUUGUCCUGUGAGUUGAAUGUGUGUAGAAUUAAAGAAUUAUGAAUCAGCGCGAUCUUACACGUUCUUUAGAAAUGUUUAUUAAUGCAAG